ACCGACGCAACUAACUGGCGGACGCUACGCCUCGGUCUUUCCGGGUCCUUGCACGCUUAGUCCCCACUUCUGCUGACCCUGGGCCCGAGGGAGAGCCGGAAGGGACCCUCUGAUCAAGAACUGAAAUGCAUAAAAGCAGCUGGCAGAGCAGAAGACGUGGGAGAAGAAGCCAGCAACAGAACACUUGGUUCAGACAACCUGGUUCUCACGAGAGGAACAACGCAGGGGCACAGCAGAGCCCACAGGGGUCCAGCCGCAGUGAUGAUGAGGCCCCCUCCACCUCAUCCAGCUCAGCUGGCAGUUCUUCUGUGCCAGAUCUGCCAGGUUAUUACUUUGAUCCUGAGAAGAACCGCUACUUCCGCUUGCUCCCGGGACAUAAUAACUGCAACCCCCUCACUAAGGAGAGCAUCCGGCAGAAGGAAAUGGAGAGCAAAAGGCUGCAGCUGCUAGAGGAAGAGGACAGGCAGGGAAAGAGAAUAGCCAGGUUGGGAUUUAAUGCAUCUUCCUUGCUACAAAAAAGCAAGCUGGGUUUUCUCAACGUCACCAGUUAUUGCCGUUUAGCCCAUGAGUUGCGAGUGAGCUGCAUGCAGAGGAAGAAGGUCCAGAUUCAGAGCUCAGAUCCCUCCGCUUUGGCGAGUGACCGAUUUAACCUGAUACUGGCAGACACCAACAGCGACCGGCUCUUCACAGUCAACGAUGUCAAAGUCGGAGGCUCCAAGUACGGCAUCAUCAACCUGCACGGCCUGAAGACACCCACGCUCAGGGUGCAUAUGCAUGAGAACCUCUACUUCACCAACCGGAAGGUGAACGCUGUGUGCUGGGCCUCACUGAAUCACCUCGAUUCCCACGUUCUGCUGUGUCUCAUGGGAAUUGCAGAGACUCCAGGCUGUGCCACCUUGCUCCCGGCAUCACUGUUUGUCAAUAGUCAUCCAGGCGGAGACCGCCCUGGAAUGCUCUGCAGCUUCCGGAUCCCCGGGGCCUGGUCCUGUGCGUGGUCCCUGAACAUCCAGGCCAAUAACUGCUUUAGUACAGGCUUGUCUCGGCGAGUCCUGGUGACCAGCGUGGUGACCGGACACCGGCAGUCGUUUGGGACCAACAGUGACGUCUUGGCCCAGCAGUUUGCCCUCACGGCUCCUUUGCUGUUUAAUGGCUGUCGUUCCGGGGAAAUCUUUGCCAUUGAUCUCCGUUGUCGAAAUCAAGGCAAGGGUUGGAAAGCCACCCGCCUAUUCCAUGAUUCAGCAGUUACCUCCGUACGGAUCCUCCAAGAAGAGCAGUGCCUGAUGGCAUCCGACAUGGCUGGAACGAUCAAGCUGUGGGACCUGAGGAACAAUAAGUGUGUAAGGCAGUACGAAGGGCACGUGAACGAGUAUGCCCACCUGCCCCUGCACGUGCACGAGGAAGAAGGAAUCGUGGUGGCAGUGGGCCAGGACUGCUACACGCGAAUCUGGAGCCUCCAUGAUGCCCGCCUGCUCAGAACCAUACCCUCCCCACACCCCACCUCCAAGGCCGACAUUCCCAGUGUGGCUUUCUCUUCUCGGCUUGGGGGCUUCCAGGGAGCGCCAGGGCUGCUCAUGGCCGUCCGACAGGACCUUUACUGCUUCUCUUACAACUAAAUCUGCAGAGUGCAGCCUGAGGGAUGUGGGUGUGACUCAAGGGAGCAAAGGAGGAGCCAUGUUUUUGCCACAGUUGCUGUUUCCAGUGACAGUAUUUUAAAUGGAUGCUCCAUGUAUGCAUGUCUCAUCCAUCCAGCUGCUGAGGAAAAGGUGCUGUGUUUUAUGUGGAGACACUUCAGUAAGUUAUUUCAGCUAAGUUGUGUGUUCAAAAGCUUAAAAGUCCUUUUCAUAAAAGGUACCUAUUUCCUUGUUGAAUUCCUCAGAAUAGUCCCUUCUUCCCACCCUCUUUUUUUUUUUUAAGCAAAAAAUACUUUUCUAAGGGCGGAUGACUGACAAUAACUAAAGCUGCUACUUUCACCAAAAGCCCUUUCAAGAAGCCUCAUGAUGAGACAGGGUGAGACUUGGUAGACAGUGCCCGGAUCUCAGUACAUGCCUCUGUACUUGAAAAGCCAGCUGGAGGGAAGGGGAAGUCAUUUCUCUGAGUCUCUGGAGAAGGAUUUAAGCCUGGAGUUGGGGGUCAUUAAACUAGCCUUCUCAAACUCCCCUGAUACAGUAGCAGAUACAGUAUCCCGUCUCGGGGGUUCUCCUUUUGACGGUUCAUAGGCAUGGGAAGGAAGGAUGGAUCCUUUUAGAUGCUAAAGGUUUUAGACAGACCUUAGCGUGCCUUUGUCAAGGCACCUUCCAGGAUGUUAAGUACAGCGGCUCCAGUUUCUGUCAUGGGGACAUAAAUGUCAGAUUCAAGGGCCCCAUCUCAAAGAAAGUUGGCUUUGACCUUUUGUAAUCUAGGAGAAGCACUUUCUAAGAUGUUUAUACAAAGUAUUAAUACAAAGAGCCUGUCUUUCGACCAAACAAUAAACUAGAAAGAACCACA